CAACACGUGUUUCUAGACGACGCAAGAGGAAAAAUUGUUAAAAAUUAAAUUAUAUUAGUAAAAAAUACGUGUAAAAAUAUUAAUUAAAAAUGGCAGAGAGCGAUCAGUUAUUAUCUGCAAUAAUACAUGAAUAUUUGCAAAGAAAAGAUAAAACUUUGGCCCAGGUUUAUCAACACAAAACUAAAGCCGCCAAUGUUGCAAAGGGUUCACCUAAAUUGGAGGAUAUUAUGAAAUACUAUGUGCAAAAUAGUAAAACAAAAAUUCCUCCAGUGAAAACAGCUAAGGAUAGCGAUAGUGACAGCGACAGUGACGAUUCUGAGGAAGAAACUACCAAGAAAGCUGCCCCUGCUGUCGUAACUAAUGGCAAGCCUGCCGCUAAGAAAGCUGCCUCCAGUUCUGAUGAUUCUUCGGACGAUAGCGAGGAAGAAAAGAAACCGGCUGCUAAAGUGAAUGGUGUAGCUAAACCUGCUGCCGCCAAGUCGGCACCUGCUAAGAAACAAGAAUCUUCUGAUGAUUCUUCGGAUGACAGCAGUGAUGAGAAAAAACCCGCUGCUAAGGCUACACCAGCUAAGCCAGCUGCCGUCGCCGCUAAAAAACAAGAGUCUUCGGAAGAUUCUUCUGAAGACAGCAGUGAGGAUGAGAAACCUGCUGCUAAGCCAGCAGCUAAAGCUACACCUGCUAAACCAGUUGCUGCUGCCAAAAAAGCCGAUUCAUCUGAUGAUUCUUCCGAUGACAGCGAUGAUGAAAAACCUGCUGCCAAGCCAGCAGCUAAACCCGCAGCCGCCCCAGCUAAGGUUGUUAAGAAAGCUGAUUCCUCUGACGAUUCUUCAGACGAUAGUGAAGAUGAGAAACCAGCAGCUAAAGCUACACCAGCCAAACCAGCUGCUGCUGUCGCUAAAAAGGCUGCUUCUUCCAGCAGCGACGAUGACAGUUCCGAAGAUGAGAAACCCAAAGCUGCUGUUGUAGCCAAGAAAGCCGCCCCUGUUGCUGCUAAAAAAGCCUCCAGCAGUGAAGAUUCUUCCAGCGAAGAGGAAGAGGAAAAACCUGCUGUAAAACCAGUUGUUAAGAAAGCUCCUGUAGCUGUUAAGAAGGCUGCAUCUUCUUCGGAUGAUUCCUCGUCCGACGAUGAUGAACCUGCCGCCAAGAAACCAGCUGUAGCUGCUCCUGCCGCCAAGAAAGCAGCUUCAUCUUCAGAUGAUUCCUCAUCCGAAGAGGAAGAGGCUGCCAAGCCAGCUGCUGUCAAAACAACCCCAGCUAAACCAGUUGUAGCUGCUAAAAAGGCUGCUUCUUCUUCGGACGAUUCCUCAUCCGACGAUGAUGAACCUGCCGCCAAGAAACCAGCUGUAGCUGCUCCUGCUGCCAAGAAAGCUGCUUCAUCUUCAGAUGAUUCCUCAUCCGACGAUGAAGAGGCUGCCAAGCCAGCUGCUAAGAAAACAACCCCAGCUAAAGCAGCUGUAGCCAAAAAGGCUGAAUCCAGUUCUGAGGAUUCUUCAGAAGAUGAGCCACCCGCAAAGAAAGCUAAUAUUGUUAAAGCAGCUACUCCAGCCAAAAAGGCCAAAUCUGAUGACAGCGAUGAUAGCUCCAGCGAUGAGGAGCCAGAAAGUGCUCCCGUAGUCAAGGCUGGUCAAAAGAGAAAACUUAGUGAAUCAAAUGCUGAGACCCCCAAAAACAAUAACUACAAUAACUUUGUUAAAUCGGGUGAAGUAAAGGAUGAGGAGGAAGGAGACAACAAUGGUGGUGGUGUUGCCAAUGGUGGUUUUAAGAAAUUCGGUGAUCGCAAAUCAUUUGGUGGUUUUGAUAAUAGAGGUCGCGGACGUGGUGCUGGCGGCGAUCGCGGUGGUAGAGGACGUGGUGGCGGCGGUGACCGUGGUGGUAGAGGCCGUGGCGGCUUUGGAGGUGGUGAUCGCGGCGGCAGAGGUCGUGGAGGCUUUGGUGGUGGUGAUCGCGGUGGUAGAGGCCGUGGUGGAUUCGGUGGUGGCCGCGGUGGUGGUGAACGUGGUGGUGGUCGUGGUCGCGGUGGUUUCGGUGGCUCAAAUAAACCCUUCAACAAAUCCUUUGACGGUGGCUCAGCGGGGCAAAACAAAAAGAUUACCUUUGAUGACUAGACUUUUAAAUAGUUCAUUUAUAAACAUAGUGUAAAUUAGUUUCACUUUCCACCCACCUUUUAGUUUGUUGUUAAGCCUGCUUUCAAAAUUACCCGUAGAUUUUCUUAAUUUUCUUAUUGUUUUGAGUGUUUUGCAAACAUUUUAUGCAUUUCCUACAUUUUUCUUAUCUCGAUUGAUUUCAUUUUGUCAAUUUUCAUUAGAAAAAUGCUGCCGGUUCCUGGGGUGAUAAAGCCAACAGAGAUUUGAAAUUCACCCGUGGCAAAUCAUUCAAACAUGAAAAAACAAAGAAGAAGCGUGGUAGUUAUCGUGGUGGAGCAAUUGAUAUGGGAGUUAAUUCCAUAAAAUUUGAAUAAGUUUACGAUUUAGAAAACAAAAUACAAAACAAUGGACCUUCAAAACUU